UAUGCGCUAACUCGCCAACACCCCCGCUUACCUUCGCCGCGAGUCGCUUCCUUGGCCUGGGCUGCCCCUCGGUCAGCCUUGCGCAUCGGCCCGCCCCUCCUCAGCGACAGGCCCAAAUCCAUCUCUGCCCGGUCUGCCGGAACCACCAAACUGGAAGAACUCCCACACAACUCUGCCCUCUGAACCACAGCCAUGGCAGCCUCCCACCCAAGCGAGCAUCGCCAUAUGCGCAGCGGCAGUCUCAACAUUCCACCACAGGCCAGCCGCUCAAGCGGUGCGAUGGGCGCGAUGCCCGCCGCGCGGUUUGAAGGGCCACGCAGCCCACCGAAUACCUCGCACGUGCCUUGCAAAUUCUUCCGACAAGGCGCUUGCCAGGCAGGCAACGCAUGCCCGUUUAGCCACGACCUCGGAAGCGCCUCUGAGACAGUAUGCAAGUAUUUUGCAAAGGGCAACUGCAAGUUUGGCCCCAAGUGCGCCAAUAUCCACGUGCUGCCCGACGGCCGGCGUAUCAACUACGGCAAGAACGGCGUGACGAUAGGGGCGCCGCCGGGAGUUGCUCUCGGUGCUCGCGUGAACCCGACGACAUACCAUCAGCCAUCCAACAGUGCGCUGACCAACUCUUUUUUGCGCGCCGACCAGUUGCCCCCAUAUACCACCUCCGGUCCCUACGGUACCCAGGAUGACGCGUACGGCCACCAGUUGAUGGAGAACGGCCUCCCCAUAAUCGAUACAACCUACAGCUCCAAUCCGGCCUCUGCCUACGGGUCACCCCGGGACGAGGACGCAAACCGUCUAGGACUUGGCCUCUCCCCUGCGAACGCCAAGGGGCUCUCGGUGCUCGAUGCUCCGCUCCCGGCGUCCUUCGACAGCAACGGCAUAUCGCUGGCCGCGCGGUACGGCCCCUGGCCCGCCUCGGUUCCCUCGAAAUUCGGCCUCGAAUCCCCCUCGCCGUCGCUCCACUCGGCUAGGGACGCUCGAACCUCCGAGACACUGAAGCUUUUACAUACUUCCGCCUUUGGCAGUAACGAGCAUCUCCCGCCCUCCGCCAUUGGUGCAAACGACUCAAACGGCUUCGGAAGCAGCCCGCCCGUGGGUUCUGCCACCCUUGGUUCGGUGCUAGGGAGCGAUGAAUACUUUGGGAAACGCCUCAUGCAUAGCAGCGCAAUGCGGUACACGAAACCACGCUUGAUCAGCAGCAGCGCCCCGAAGAUCGACCGCGAUUGGGAGGCCGAAUUCAUGUUUGAAGAGGACUAUGUGCCGGGCGCUCUGGCAAACGAGGUGCUAACUCCAGCCGAGAAGGCGAGAAGGGGUUCGACGACCAACACGGUGCGAAUGACGGACACGAUGGAGUCUGGGCCCGAGUCCCUGCCCAUUGGGGCGACGAAAUUUGGCAGUCCCCUCGGUGCGAGCCCGAGUCGUUGGGGUCCCUUGUUCCAGCGCCAAAAGGAUGAAGACUUCGACGCCGGCGGCUCUGCUCGAUCCAUGAAACACGUAUCUGCCUUCGGCCACGUGGGGAGUCCGUUGAGAAAUUCCAGCCUGGCAUCCGCUCUCACGGCCGAGCUCAACGGAGAACCGGGGACAGCCGGGGGUGAAUCCGUCUCCGCCCUGACCCGACAACUUCGGGAGACACAGAUAACCGAGGGCGGUUCUGGUAAUUCCAGUCCACAUUUGCACCCGGCCGCGGUCCGGAACCAAAAGUCCGCCAGUUCGGGCACGGUGGGUGCGGGUAUAAUCGGAAAGGAGCGGGAGCGGGAACGGGCCAUGGACCGACACAUCAGCAGCGGCUCCAUUAGCUCGAGCGUGACCGGGCGAUUUACCACUCCCAUCGACGAGGAAGAUUCGUCGUUCGUGUUUAGGAUGGAGGAGGAAGACGACCCCCAAACGCGCGCGAGGAAGCGUGUGUCAGGCGGCAACCUAGGUGCCACAAGCCCCCUGAGCGCCGCCUGGAGCUACGCCAACGUUGUCGCCACCAACAGGGCCGCCACGAACGCUUCAAACGGCAGCAAAGGCACGGCGGGGAACAACCCUGAGACGGUUGUUGGAAGAUGAACCGGACGAGGAGUUGGUGGCAUUCGCCAGCGACGCACAGGGCGAACAUAAAACGGCAUCAUAACGAGUGCAUGGAUUCAUGGAAACGGAGUGCAUCAGCGUCUGUCAGCAUCCGCAACCAUGGGGACUGGAUGCGUUCCUGGGAAGAUAGGGCUCGGCGUUAAAUAUCCCAAAAGACGUCGACGGCUCGGCAGUUGGCGACGUUAUAUUCCAUCUUUUUGCCGCGGCGGGAUUGUCAGGAUAUUCUUGUAUAGACGGCGGCUACGAGCGGCGUUUCUGGAAGGUGGAUGGGUGCAGCUUCAUUCCCCCGUACAUGGGCAUAGGAGGGGAGA